GCUGAUACAAGAGAAGGCGCGAAACUGUAGUGAGGCUAAGCAAGCUCUUUUCAAGUCUUUUGAGGCCAUGGCGGAUCAGGACAUCAAGGAAAUAUUAGAUAUAGAUGUAAAAGAGCCACCAAAGACACCUCAACUCACCAAAGAAGCCAUAAUAGGAUCAGUGAAGAAAACGAAGAAGUCUACUGAUGUGGGGCUACGCCGUCCAUCUGGCAUGAACAGGGAAGUGUAUGCUUUACUGUACUCUGAUCAUAGUACGUCACUGAUACCAACUGACAGUGGAUCAGGGUACAGGCACCCAAAGGCAAGACUGGGAAGGAAGCACGUUAGACCUUGGAAAUGGAUGCCAUUCACAAACUCAGCAAGAGAAGAUGAGCUGGUGUUGUAUCAUUGGCGUCGGACUACCGAAGAAGGAAAGGAUUAUCCUUUUGUUCAGUUCAACAAGAAACUUCCCAUUCCAACAUACACUGAUGAGGAAUACACUAGUGUCUUACAAGAGACUGGUUGGAGUAAACUAGAAACAGAUCAUCUUUUUGAAUUAUGCAGACAGUUUGAUUUAAGGUUUGUCAUUAUUCAAGACAGGUUUGACACUGAAAAAUUCCAAAAACGCUCAGUGGAGGAUCUCAAGGCUCGUUAUUACAGUGUUUAUAAUCGUUUAUUAAAGUUACGUGACCCGUCCGUAGAGGACAGUCAGCUAAUAUCUUAUGAUGCUCCUCAUGAGACCAAGAGGAAAGCACAACUGGAGAGACUCUUCAAUAGAACAAAGGAACAAGUUAGUCACUACUCACUCUACAGGGUUCCCAUUGAACUGUUAUGAAAGAGCACAAAAAAC